UGUUUAAAGGUUGUGUCCAACCUCACGAACACGAAUGCUGACGAGUGCUUCACAAAUGCUUACUUACUCAGAUCAGAUUAAGUUCAGGGUGCAACUUUGCAGUUUGUAUAACUUUGCGACAUCUUCGAGUCAUUGAGGUGAUCGUUCGCGCUGAUUUUCACAUCGGUGAAGCUGAAGAACUCCAACAAACCCCAAACUCCUACUCUAAGAAAACGGGUGGAAAGGGAAACAACGAUCGAGAUUACGGAAGGUGAUCCGGAGAUUACAAUCAAACCGUGGAAUCGGAAUGGCUGUCACGAGACGCUGCGUCACGGCGUGCAUGUUACUGACGAUACUCUCAUUGCUGGUAGAGACAGGACACUGCAUACAAUGUUACCAAUGUAACAGCACCAGCACCAAGUAUCCAUUUCAAUGUAAUGAAUUCCUGACGAGCGACAAUGAUCUUCAGCCUAGAUCAUGCGACGACGUUUAUGCAGCGCAAUAUUGUGUCAAGCACAUAGGCCGCUUCGAGGUGAUGACCUUGGAUUGCUAUCAAUGUACAUCGGCGGAUGAAUGGAAGUGCAUGGAUAGCGAAUUGGUUAAAAAUAUCUUGAUGCCGGCAAAUUGUAGUCAUGUGUAUGGAGCACGUUAUUGCAUCAAAUCAAUCGGCCGUUAUGGAGGUGGUAUUGGUACAAAGCGAUUUUGCUCGUCCGUGCACAUGGGAAACUACUGCGACUAUGUGAAACAACCGGGUGACAAGCUGACUUACCGUACUUGCGUAUUUACAUGUUCCGAAGAUGGUUGCAAUUCAGCGAUAUCUUUCAUGCCAAAUAUAAUGUAUACAUGGAUCAUGCCAGCGAGUUUAAUAGUAGCCUGGAAAAAGCUAUUUCAUAGGUAGAAGCUUCUGUAGA